UGGUGGACCGGGUGGUGGUGGACCGGGUGCUGGUGGACCGGGUGCUGGUGGACCAGGUGCUGGUGGACCUGGUGCAGGCGGACCUGGUGCGGGCGGACCGGGUGGAGGAAAAGAAUAUCUCACCGAUGAUGGUAAAAAAAUGCGCCCUGGAGGAAAACCUGGAGAGAUGACGUUAACAGAAAGUGAGGAAAAAGUAAGACAAGGUGCUAAACCCGGCGAUUUCAUUGGGUCAGAUGGAAGAUCUAUUAAGAGCAUGGAUAUGACUACUGCUGAUGGAAAACAUGCUAAACCUGGUGGUAAACCAGGUGAGUGGUUAGUAGAAGAUGAACAAUCAUUACAUCCUGGUGCCAAACCAGGAGAGUAUAUAACUCCAGAUGGAAAAGUCGUCAAAGCAGGUGGACGACCUGGAGAAUUUACUAGUGCUGAUGGGGAACAUGUAAAGGCUGGCGGUAAGCCAGGAGAAUGGCGCUUGGAUGACGGAACAACAGUUCUGUCUGCAGAAAGACCAGAAGAAUUCGUCGCGGAUGAUGGAACGUCAAUACGUGCCGCUUCGCUCCGUACAAAAGAUGGAAAAGAAUUAAAACAGGGUGGGAAACCAGGUGAAUGGUUAACUGAAGAUGGAAAACCAGUAAGGGGAGGGACAGUUCCUGGUCAAUUCGUCACAGACGAUGGUGGUUCUAUGUUUGCAGAUAGACCAUCAGAAUUUAUGACAGCUGAUGGAAAGAAGGUAAGAGCAGGACCGAAUCCAGGCGAAUGGAUUCUGGAAGAUGGAACAAUAGUUCGACCAGGAGAAAGACCCGGUGAUUUUGUUACUGCUGAUGGUAGACCAAUUCAUUUAGGAGAUUUUGAUGAUAAAGCGGGAGGUCGAGCUGGUGAUGACCGAAGUGGCGAUUGGGAAACUGAUACGGGAGAAGUGGUUCAUGCUGGAGAUACACAUGGAAAAUGGGUAACGGACUCUAAAAUGAAAUUACGCCCAGGGGAUGACUACGGUGCAUUUAUAACUCCAGACGAUAAGAUAGUCCACACUAAAGAAAGACCAAAAGAAUUUGUCAGUACCGCAGGUGAUCAUGUAAAAGCAAUAAGCGAUAAACCGGGCGAAUGGGUGAUGGAUGAUGGUACCAUUGUUAAACCGGAGGAUCAUUUGGACGAAUACGUGGAUACGGCCGGUAAGAUUCUUCAUGCGCCUGAGAUCGUAACCGACGAUGGACGCCAUUUAAGACGAGGAUCUAAGCCUGGGGAGUGGAUAGAUGACAGUGGCAAUAUUCUUCGAGUUGGAUCGUCCACCGGUGAAUUUGUUAUGGCUGACGGAACGGUAUUAAAAGCUAGUCAUCGACCGGAUGAAUUUGUUGCUGUAGAGGGCACUAAAAUGGUUCACGGGGAAAAGGCUGGUGAAUGGAUUGAAGAAGAUGGCACGGUUGCCAUUCCAGCAGAACGUCCUGGUGAUUAUGUCACCGAAGAAGGUCAAGAAAUUCACUUAUCCAUAGCAGGAAGCGCUGGUGGUAUUCCAGGAUUUCGCGACUCAGAUAUGGUGGAUACUUGUACAGCGAAGAAAAUUCCAGCUCCACCUUGUGCACCACCUCCAGUAUGUGCUGCUAAUAAAGCUAUGGAAGGUGGAUUACCACCACCAUGCGCAGCAAAACCAAAACCAAGCGCAGCAACGCCACCACCAGGCGCAGCAACGCCACCAAAACCAGAACAAGUAUGCACUGCUAUUUGCGCUACCAAAGGAGCCGAAGCAGCUACAGCUGGACCAUCUACAAGCGAAGGAGCACCAGAAGCUGUAUCUGAAGUAACACCAGAUGCUGUAUCUGAAGUUCCAGCUGAAGCUGCGCCAGAAAGCAUACCCGAAGCUGUGUCAGAAGCUGCAGUCGAAACUGAACUAGAAGCUACACCCGAUGCUGCGCCUGUAGCUACACCCGAUGCUGCGUCAGCAGUUUCACCUGAACCCGCACCAGAAGCUCCACCUGAAGCUGCACCAGAAGCUGCGCCAGAAGCUGCAGCAGAAGCACCACCAGAAGCUGCACCAGAAGCUGCACCAGAAGCUGCUCCUGAUCAACCUAUGUCGAAGUCAGAAUUAGAUGGAAUGAGUAAAGAAGAUUUAGUACAACAAAUAAUCAGUAAAGAUGCGGAAAUAAUUUCCCUAAAAACUUCCCUUGCCGCAAGCGAAGAAGAUCGUUUACAACAAAAAGAAGUAUCUGCAAGCGCAAUACAAGGUUUAGAGCAAUUAAAAGAUGCUGUUGAUGGUCAAUCUUUAGAUAGUACUGACGUGGAGAUACCCGAAGACGCUAGUGUCGAUUUCCUUCGUGAUGUAAUCACCAAAGGUAAAAUAAAAAUCAAGACUCUUAAGCAGGAACGUGAUGGGCUUAAAAGGAAAGUGACUAAACUUGAAGAUCAAUUGCGCGCAUGUGGACAAAUUCCAGAUGAUGUCGAUAGUUUCCAAGACAAGUGUUCCUUAUUAUCAGAACGCGACAAAUUGAAACGUCAAGUAUCAACAUUAAGCCAAAGAGAUCAAAGAUCAUCUCUUAAAAUAAGUGAACUUGAAAAGGAAAUGGGAGAUAAAGAGAAAAAAAUGGAAUGCACUUGCCAAGAACUGGAACAAGUAAAAGCUGAAAGAGAUUUAUUACGCAGGAGGUCAAUGGAAGUAGGCGAUAAAGACCAAGAAAUGGAACGGCUUAAGUAUCGCGUUAAAGAAGCUGACGUUUUAAGAAUAGAAAGGGAUCGAAUGAAAGCGAGAGUUGACGAAUUAUCAAACAUCGAAAAUGAAUAUAUGGAACUUUUGAAUAAAACAAAAGGUUUUGAGUGUAUUAAAGCCGAAAGAGAUAAAUACAAACAGAAAUUUGAAGUUUUAACUACGUUAGAAAAGGAAUGUGAGCAAUUAAAAUGUCAAGUGGAACGUGCUAAGUCUUUGGAUGAUGAAAGAAAUGCUUUACAACGACAAGUGAGGGAUUGCGAGUGUUGUAUAGCUGACCAAGAAGAUGAAAUCAAUAGAUUAGUCGCGCAUAUUGAAUGCCUGGCAAAAGGAAGGGAUGAGCAACAGGAACGUAUGUGUGCCGCCCUCGCUGACGCACGAGCAGAAAUAGAAAAGAAAGAUACAAUAAUAGCUAAUUCGGCACAAGAAUUAGCAAAAGUUCAAGAUUACCUUAAAAACACUAUUUCGGAUGUCUCCUUUGAACAAAAUCAACUAAAAAACAAAGUCGAUGAGCUUGAAGAAGAUUGCGGAUGUCUUAGCGCAAAAUUAGAAGCAAAGAAGAAAGAAUGCGACGAUUUGAAUACUGCAAUCCAAGAUAAAGAUCAUUUAAUAGCCUGUCUUUCUAAGAGUGUGAAAGUGGAAGAUAUUGAAUGUCCGGUUUUAAAAUCCUUAUUAAGCAAAGAUCUUGAAAAAGAUAAAAGCGUUGGUGGAAAAGAUAAGAAAGAUGGUGAGUGUAUAUGUGAAGUUGAAAAUAAAGAUCGAUCCGUUGGGGAUGGUUCUCGUAUUGCUGCAGAAGAAGUCGCAAUUGAAAUGACAUGCGAAUGUGAAUGGACAGAGCCACCACAACAACCGACAAAAGAUACCGGAACAAUUUGCGGACCAAAUUACUCUAGAAGUAGGGAACCGCAGAGGCAAUCGAGAAUAUUACAAGCAGAAAGACCAUGGGAAAGUGAAGGACCUGGACAGAGAAAAAAUGUAGGCACCGAUAAGGGAUGGGAAAGUGAAGGUGGACAAAUUUGUCAAUCUCGACCGACUGAUGCAACUAAACCCUCCCCGGGUACUGGGAGCCAUAUCUCUGAGUAUUCAUCUCAGGGAUCUCCAUGCACAUGCGGAGGAACGACUGGGGGAAUGGGUUUACCAAGACAAGAAGAUCAUGGAAAUUAUGUUUUAUGCCCAUAUUCCAGAGGAAGAGGUGACACUCAACCGAAUGCCGUGAUGGCAGGUGAGCAAGAAAGAGAUAUGAGAAGAGGAAUGAAUAUUGAAAGAGCGAUGGUUGGAGCACAAAAUGUUGUUCCUUGUCCAUUUAGGCAACCACAAGUUGGACCACCACAAGUUGGACCACCGCAAGUUGGACAGGGUGCAGGAGGUUACGACCGAAGUUAUGAAAAACAGAUUUAUAUGGAGACUAAAAAGUUAGUGGACAUAAAUAAAAUGGUGCAAGAAAGUAAAUCGAAAAAACUGCCUUGUCAACCUUGCACAUGCUCGAAGAAAUCAAAAACACCCGAGAGAAGAAAAUCAAAAUCAUCUGAACGAAGACAAUCAAAAACUCCUGAGAGGAAGCAAAGUACUCCGCAAAGAGAAAAUAUAUGUUGUGCAUGUACCACUCAGAAUGAAGCCGUAGAAACUACAACUAAAAAAGUCUGUGAUAAAUGUACAUGUACUGAUGAUAAAACCAAAUCAAAGGAAAAACCGAAAAAGAAACCUCCUUCCAAAAAGAAUACAUGCGAUUGUGGAAGUAUUGAUGAUAAAAGCGAUACCUCUUCCUCGGAUAGUAGCGCAUGUAAAUGUCAAGAUAAUAUCUGUAGUGAUGAUGAUGAUGAUGAUAAGAAAUCUUCGAUUUCUAGCGCAUCAUCUAACGAUACUGAUAAAGAUAGCCUCAUAUCCAAUUUAAAACAACAAUUAGCUGAAGCAACAGAAAAGAACUGCAAAUUAAGAGAACAACUAUGCAGUGCAAAAACUAACACGCAUGCGGAUACAAUGUUGGAGCAAUCCAAAGCUGCGGUGAAAAAAAUAGCUGAGGAACUUGCUAAAAAAUUAGAACAAGUUGAAUCUGAAAGAAACGAAGUUCGUAAGGAGAAAAAAGAGGAAUGUAGAAAAAUGGCAGAAAAAAUCAACAAAUUACAAGAUGAAUUGAAAAAUGCCAACAGAACUAUCAAACAAUUAACAGAAGGUAACGUUGACGAUGAAAGAAUGGUAGCUGAGAACAAAAUAUUAAAAAAAGUUUCGAACGAAAUACAAGAAGUUGCCAAAGAGCAAAUACAAGAAUUAGUUGAAACUCUUUGUAAAUGUAAAGAUAGAAUAAAUGAAUUAGAAAAAGAUAGAAAUGCGGUGGGUAAUAAAGACACCAAAGCAUUAAGAGUUGAAGAUUUCGAUGUUGCAAAACAACAACAAUCUGAAUUGAUAGAUCAAUUGAGAACGCAACAAGCGCGCACCGAAGCUUUAGAAAAAAAAUGUCAAUGUCUGCAAGAAUCUAACAAUAAAUUAAAAAACGUUGACGGCGAAAACGAUAACUUAAAAUCCAGCAAUGAUAAACUGAAAAAAGAUCUUGAUGAUAUGUCUGGACGGCUCGAAAAAUCUCAAAAAUCUUUACGAAAGUCGCUUGACGAAUUAGAUAACUCAAAGAGAAAACUAAACGAACUAAAACAUGUGUAUCAAGAUGACAUGGAAGAUAUGCAAGAAAAAGUUGAUAACAUGUUUACUGAAGUAAAAAGGGCUAGAUCAGAAUUGCACGAUAAUGAAGACAGGCAAAAUCAAUUAAGCUCAAGAUGUAACCUAAAAAUAGAUGCCAUUGUUAAACAAAAAAUUCGUUUAGAACAGCGAUUAAAAGAAGCCGAAGAGAAAGCUGCGCAAUCUCAAGAUCAACUCGAUAACUUAUUAAGAGAAGUAUCGGUUUAUAAAAGUAAAUCAAAAAUACCAGUUGGCUCACAAAGAAGAGCUGAUGGAUCACAAACUGUUGGUGGUAGUGGAAAAGGUGCCCUAGCUGAAGGGGCGCAAACCGAUUUUACAAGUUCACCAGAAUACGCAGCCCUGCAAAGUCAAUUGGACUGCGAAAGGAAAAAAUCGCGGGAAUACCAAAAAAGGGCAAGAGCGUUACAAGACCAGAUUGAUGAUAUGAAGCAUUGCGGUGCAAAAGCCGAUCCCGACGAUGUUGAUGAUUUAAAAUAUAAGCUUCAAACUGCCAAUAAACGAAUUCAAGACCUCGAAAAACAGCUAGAAAAACAAAAAUCAGAUUGCUGUCAAAAAAUAAGUGCUUUAAAGAAGGAAAUUGCAGGUUUAGAAGAGUGCUUAUUAUCAAAAACGAGAAAAUCAACAAUGGACACUUCUAACUUAGAAAACGAAAACGCCAAAUUGAAACGAGAUCUUCAAGACUGCAGGGAUUCGUUAGGUAGAAGUAAGAAACCGGAAAGUCCAGACGCUGGUUCUCAAGCUGUGCCAACAACUGUAUCGGAAGUAUCCGAAGCCAUAGAAACUCCACCAUCAAGAGAAUCAAGAGAAACUGAGGUGGAUGUAUUAGAGGCUGGUGAUGAUUCAAAAGGCGGAAAAAUGCAACAGUCUGAAGAUCAGAAAAAGGAAUUAGAAGAUCAAAAAAGAAGUUUGGAAGAGCAAAAGAAAGAGUGUGAAGCAAAACAAAAAGAAUUGGAAGAUAGUUUGAAAGAACUUGAAGAUAAAAAAACCGCACUUGAAACCGUUCAAAGUGAUCUCGAAGCUAAAAAGCAAGAAUUAGAAGAUAAAGUACAAGAAUUGCAAUGUAUCAAAUCUGCGUUAGACGCAAAAAACCAAGAAUUAGAUGCUAAAACACAAGAGUUAGAUGCUAAAAACCAACAAUUAGCAUCAAAGAAUCAAGAAUUAGACGCGAAAAACCAAGAAUUAAUGUCUAAAACUAUGGAAUUAGAUAAUGUUAAAAAACAACUGUCAGAUAAGGAUAGAGAACUCAACGAUGUGAUGAAUGAAUUAGCAAACCUUAAAGACAAAUUACAAGAUAUGUGCAAACAACUUAAUGAUGAAAGAAACCAAAAUAAUAAAUUAAUGCAACAAUUAAAUGAAUGUAAUCAAAAAUUGGAGGAUUUAGCGAAAAGCGCUGGAGAUUGCGAAGCGGAAAGGGAUAAAUUAAUGAGACAGUUAGAUUCGUGCAAAACACAAAUAAGCUCUUUAGAUAAAUCUUACGGCGAUACUAAAGAUCUUGCAUCUAAUCUUGAAGCUAUGAAACGAAAAGUGGAUGAGUUACAAAGAAAUUUGUAUGAAUGCCAAUCAGAAAACUGUGCCCUGCAACAAGAACUUAAUCAAUUAAAAGGGCAACAAGUUGAGAUGCAAGAUACUUUAGAGACUAGUGUUAAAGGUGAUAGAGAAAGUCUUUCCCAAGAUUUAGAUGAUCUAAAAGCGAAAUUAGCCGAGUAUGCUGCGCUUAUACAAAGUCUUCAAGCCGAUAAAGAGAAGUUAACUAAAGAUCUUAACGAUGCUACAAAAGAAAUUGAUACAUUAGAACAUAGUCACGGAGCGGUAGGUGACGAUUUAGAUCAGUUACAAAAGAGAUUAGCGGAACUUCAAGCUGAAAACGAUCGAAUAAAACAGCAAGCGGCCGACCUUCAAUCUGAAAACGGUAACUUAAAGAGUAAAAUGGACGGAAUGGAACAAGAAAGCGCUGCAUUAAAAGAAAAAUUAUCCGCCUCCGAAAAAUCAGCUGGUGAUGCCAGUGGUUUACAAGCACUCAUCGAUCAAUUAAACAAACAAUUGCAAGACGCAAAUAGUAAAAUAUCAUCACUCGAAGGAGAUUUACAAGCUGCCCGAGCCGAAGCAGGGGAUUACAGCAAACAAUUAGCCGACUUAAAGAAAGAAAAAGCUGAUCUCUUAGAUGAAAUUGCAAAACAAAAGAAAGAUAUAGGAGAUUUAAUUGGAAAAACUAAAUUAGCUGAUGCCGCUGACAAAGCUGCAGCCGAUUUAGAGAAAGAAAAAAAAGAUAAAGAAGCUCUCGAAGAUCAGUUAAGAAAACUGCAAGAUCAAUUAAAGAAUAUGAGCGCUCAACCCCCAGCUCCUACGGUAGACAUAGAUGCGUUACAAAAUCAACUUAAAGCCUUACAAGAUGAAUUGAAUAAAAGUAAAGCGCAAAUUUCAGAUUUGCAGAAUCAAUUACAAACCGAACAAGGAAAGAGCGCUGAUUUAGCAAGUAAAUUACAAAGUGAACAAGAAAAGAAUAAAAAGAUGGCAGAUUUAGAGGCACAAUUGGCGGACAUGAAAAAUCAAAAGGACGCUUUACAAAAACAACUUCAAGACGAAACUGAUAAAUACAACGAUUUGGAGAAAAAAGUCGGCGUUUUAAUGGAUAAAAAUAGUGCUUUAGAAAAAGAUUUACAAGAAACCGGAGCAAAACUAGCAACUGCACAAAACAAAGUUGAUCAACUAGCUAAAAGCUCAGGAGAUGAAAUGAAAAAUAUCAGCGAUAAUUAUGAAAAGCAAAUCAAUGACUUACUUAAUCAAAUACAACAACUACAAGAUAAACUUAAAGGGAUGGAAACAGAAAAUGGAAAUCUCAAAGGACAACUUUCUGCUGCCGGUGAUAAUCUUGCACAAAAACUUAAAGAAUGCGAGGAUAAACUUAAAGCUAAAGAAGCUGAACUAUCUGAAGCAAAGGGUCAACUCGAUGCGAAAGCGGCCGAAUUAGCAAAAUGUAAACAAGACUCUCAAGAUGCAUUGGCAGCAAAAGACAAAGAAUUGGCUGCUAUGAAAACCGAAAUGCAUAAAGAAAUGGCAGAAGCCGUGGAAGAUGUGAAAGAAGAAAAAGAGCUCAUUGCUGGUAGAUUAAAGAGUUCGAUGAUACAAUUACAAGAAACCGGAAAAGAAAACGAUGAAAAAGAUGCAUUAAUUCGGGAACUGAAGGAGCUACACAAAGCACUUCAAGAGAAACUUGAACAACAACAAAAAGAUUGUAACGAAAUGAUUGCAAAUUUGAAGGCGCAAUGUGAACAAGAAAAGAAAGAUCUUUUAGCCAAAUACAAUAAAGGAAUUAGUAGUUUACAAAUGUCGCAUGAAGAUAUAGUCGGGGAAGUUUCUAAACAACAUGAGAGAGAUGUCGAAAGUUUGAAGGGUGAAUUAAGGAAGAGCAAAGCGAGCAUCGCAACCUUAGAACAAAAACUCAAAGAUUCUGUUCCUAAACCUCCACCCAAACAAGACAGUACAACAAGUACAGUUAAAUCUUCAGUAAGAGAUAUUCAUGUACAAAAAGAUAAACCAGAGGUUCCUACUAAAGAUUCCUCAACCAUGUCUCGUCUAUCAGAGAAAGGACCGGGUGAAUUAAAAGAAACAACGGGCGAAUCAAAAGGAACAACGGACGAAUCAAAAGGAACAACGGACGAAACAAAAGAAAUGAAAGAUGAAAAAUGUACUUGUGGAAAAGAUCCUCAGUUUGAAGCUCUUCUUCAACGUGCAUUAGACGAAGGAAUAGAGUCUCUAGCGUUUGAAGACCUGCAAUAUAUGCACGGUAAAAUCUGUGAUGCGACGGCUGAUUUAUUGAACAAAAGAGGAACUGGACCGGAAGUUCAACCAAUCGAAACUGACAAGUACAUGUUAAUGAGGAGAAAUGCUAAUUUGGAGAAAUCGAUGAAAGGGAAACAUCACGAAGCACAAAGUUCAAUUAAAAAAUUGGAAAUGGAGGUUGGAAUGGAAAGGAAACGAUUAGAUGAAUUAAGAAAUUCGUUACAAGUGGAAAAAGAAGCCAACAAUGAUCUGCUAAAACGGGUGAAACAACAAAUGAAAGCGAUGUCUAACAUGCAAGUUGAAAAAGAUAUAAUGAAGCAAAAGAAUUCGAUUCACGAAGAAAAAAUACAAAGAUAUAUAUGUAUGUGCGAACAAGAGAAAUCAAAAGUAAAACAACUUGAAAUGGAAUUAGAUAAAGAAAAAUCGAAUGUUAAACGAUUAAAAGAAAUGUUAGAUAUGGAACGGGAUGUGUCUACAUCGAAAAAACGGAGGGAUAAUGAACAAUUAGAUAGUUUGCGAUCUGAAUUGAAUAAGUCUCUAAAUAGCGAGAUGAUGCUCCGAAUGCAAAUUGAACAAACUUAUCCCCCACCUUCCAAGCGGCCUUGCGCAUGUUCAAAACAAAAAUCAGCUCGAGAACGGGCAAGAUCUCCAUCUCCACCGACUUGCCCUCCUUGUCCCUUAUCACGAAAAAGUGGUCCUCCUGCUGAUGGACCACCAAAAGUUUGCCCUCCUUGUCAACCACCACCACCGAAACCAUGUCCUCCAUGUCAACAACCACCGAAAUCUUGUCCCCCUUGUCAACAACCACCACCACCAAAAUGUUGCCCUCCUUGCCAACAACCGCCAAGAUGUCCAGCCUCAUUUUACACAGAAUUAACCCUGCCUUCAAAAACUGAAAAAGGACAACGGCCGCAACUGAAACGUAGAGAUUGCCGUUGUAGUCAACAGGAACCAAGCAGGGAAUAUGAUUAAAAAUUUAAAUGUUUUUGUUAUUUUCGGGGCCGUAUUGCUUGCGUGUAUGUUAGGUAUUGUAUUAAUUAUUAUUUCAAUUUAUAAUUUUUGUAUAUUACGUGUAGAAUAUUUAUGUAACGUACGAAUACUAUCGAUCCAAUUGGUGAUAGUUUCGUUAAAUUCAAUGUAAAAGUCAUUUUUAUAAAUAAACGAUUGUAAAAACGUU